CAGGACUGCUAGCGCUCCCAUUCGCGCUUUCUUGCACGCAUCGAUGUGUACCGAUUUGACAGGCAGCUCGUCCAUGCAUCCGCCCGUACUGUGCCGAGCUCGCUGGAGCUAGCCGCUAGCACUUGCCCGUUGGAGGCGGCCUAAUCUACUGAACUGAAUUCUAGUCGACCAAGGUCCGAACUGCCCCCCGCCCUCUGAGACUGACCUCAGCAGCCUACUAGCGCUUGUGUAAAUUGUCCACGUCAGCAGUCCAAACUCUCAUCAGCAGGCUAAGAAGACAAACAAAUAAUUGUGAAGACUCUCGCCGUUCAAAUUUGGCCGCAUGGCGCUCGAGUGGACAAUGUACACAGACUAUUAGGUUGCUGAGGUCAGCCUCAACCACCUACUGCAGAACUGCGAGUCUGCGGCUGCGACACCACAUCACCGAUUCGCAGAGGGCCAGCCGACACGACUCGGCCGCCUGCCCGGGCGACAACAUGUGGGGCCUACCUCGGUGCAGAAAGAGCCCCUCGGGGUUCUCGCCGUCGUCCACUGCAGAGGAGGUCACCACCGGCAUCGACGGCUCCGGUCUCGUCGCCAUCGUCACUGGUGCAUCCAGUGGGAUUGGAGCUGAAACAUGUAGAGUUCUUGCACUGCGUGGCGUGCAUGUCGUGAUGGGGGUGAGGAAUCUGUCCACUGCCUCACAGGUGAGGGAGAAGAUUGUGGGACAAGUACUCACGGCAAAGAUUGAGAUCCUUGAGCUUGACCUUAGCUCAAUGUCAUCCGUGAGAAGAUUAGUCGACAAUUUUGAUGCGCUGGACCUCCCACUGAACAUUCUUGUUAAUAAUUCAGGGAUUGCAUUUGUUCCUUUCGAGCUUUCAGAGGAUGGCAUUGAGCUGCAUUUUGCAACGAAUCACCUUGGACAUUUUCUACUGACUGAUCUUUUACUUGAGAAGAUCCAUGUUGCGGCUAAAGAAAGUGGCAUAGAAGGAAGGAUUGUGAUAGUUUCUUCUGAUGGCCACAAGCAUUCAUAUCGAGAGGGAAUUCGUUUUGAUAAGAUCAAUGAUGAGUCUAGCUAUAACAGAAUAUUAGCUUAUGGCCAGUCCAAGCUUGCAAAUAUAUUGUAUGCAAAUGAACUGUCUAGCCACUUGAAGGAACAAGAUGCAAAAGUGGUUGUCAACUCCCUUCAUCCUGGAGAUGUUGUCACCAACAUUGCCUGCUAUUGGGGUUUCCUUAAUGGUCUUGUUUCCUCAUUUGGUAAAUUUGUACUAAAAAGUGUUGAGCAGGGUGCAGCCACAGUGUGUUAUCUGGCAUUGCAUCCUCAGGUUGCUGGAGUCACGGGCAGUUACUUUGUGGAUUGCAAUACUGUUCAACUGAAAUCUCAUGCGACCGACAAGGAGCUCGCAAAACGACUUUGGGAUUUUAGUAUGAGCCUACUCCGUUGAUUCAAGUUGGUAUAAAAAAUGUGUCGUAUUAUUUCUGAAAGAGAAGUAUAUAAAGAAACAAAUAGUAAUGUUUGUCUUCACAGAUCUGUACAAAAAAAAAUGUAAAAGGGUGUGUGUACAUUUGGCAGAAAACCUAGAUUCCAAAUGAAUGGUUACAUGGGUAAAAUGUUACCCAGCAAUAUAAUAGAGUAUUACAAAUUCUUAGAA